UAUCUUUCCAGGAAGAUGACUGUUGUGGUUUAAAUCGGGAUAUUAUCAGGGAGUAAAGCUUUCCCAAAAAAUAUAAAAUAGUUUUUGAACUAUUUCACUACAUGAAUUACCCAAUCUCGUAAUUCCUAUAUUGGAUUUUCUUAUGGACUAUAUUCUCGUGUAUUUUAAUUUUCAUUUGUGACGUGUCAAACAAAAAUAUUGCGGGGAUUGUGAAAGUAGACAAAAGCAAAAAAAAUGGUAGAGCCAGAUUUGAUACAAGAUUCCCUGCCACAUAACAAUUAUACCGACUCAGACCUUGGCUCUAACUUCAAGAAGUUGAGAAUCACAGACAACGUCAGAGAACUGCAGACUGUUUUGAGAGACAAAACCACAUCAAGAGGAGACUUUAUCUUCUAUGCAGACAGAUUAAUUAGAUUAGUUGUUGAGGAAGGAUUAAAUCAACUACCAUACAGACAUUGUGAUGUGACAACACCCACAGGUCAUACGUAUGAAGGCUUAAGCUACCAAAGGGGUAACUGUGGAGUAAGCAUAAUGAGAAGUGGAGAGGCCAUGGAACAAGGUUUGCGAGACUGUUGUAGGUCGAUACGAAUCGGGAAAAUCCUGAUACAAAAAGAUGAAGAUACUCGGGAAGCUAAAGUUGUAUAUGCCAAACUACCACCAGACAUAGACCAACGUAAAGUCUUAUUGAUGUAUCCUAUUAUGAAUUCAGGGAACACAGUUAUAAAAGCUGUCCAGGUUUUAAAAGAUCAUUACGUGAAAGAAGACAAUAUCAUCUUACUGAAUCUCUUUGUUACUCCACAAGCUGCCAAAGCCUUAGUGAAAAGAUUUCCAAAUAUGAAAGUACUGACAUCAGAAGUACAUCCUGUCACUCCAAAUCACUUUGGAAUGAAAUAUUUUGGAACAGACUGAAAAAAGAAAAAUAGUACAUCCUGUCACUCCAAAAUAUUUCGAAAUGAAAUAUUUUGGAAUGGACUGAAAAAAGAAAAAUAGUACAUUCUGUCACUCCAAAAUAUUUUGAAAUGAAAUAUUUUGGAACAGACUGAAAGAUAAAAAUACUCUCGAAAGAUUCAUUGUACUAUCAAGUGUGUGUGGUUUGCGAUCCCAGACUUACUACAUCAACAUUACAGGUCAUUUGAUGUUUAUCAGUCUGAUAUAUUAUUAAUAUGCCUGAACAUGUAUAACAUGGUCUUGAUUGUACAAACCAUUGUGUUGUAUGAAAUUUAAAAAAAAAUUGUUUCAGGGUGAAUAUAUGAUAUUGGAUUUGAUUGUUAUGCAGAUGAAUGGAGUGAGCGUAUCGAGUAGAAUGACCGUGUUAUAUAUUCUUAACUUGUUAAUGAAAAUAAGAAUUUCCUGACAUGUACAUGGAACAUUUUAUUCGUAUCCCAUCUUUUAAUGUAUAAAGAGACUUUUUUUUUUGUAUUGUGGAUUCAUUUCUUUCUUGAGUACUGAUUUUUAUGGAUUGAGGAAAAAUUGUCCUUCCUGAAUAUAUGAUUUUGUAGUUUUCAAAAGCUGGCAUACACACUUAUUGAACAUUUGUAUUUCAUUAAAAAAUUCAAAUUGUGGUUUCCCAUGAAUAAUAAUGAAUCUGCAGUAUUACUUCUGCAUUUUAAAGUGCAGCACACGAUGAGGCAUUUUAAACUUGAGGUUGUGUUUUAGAUUUGUACUAUGCCUAGUUUUUCUUGCACAUUUAAAUGAUUGUAUGGAGGUUAAAGUAAUACCUCAGUAUGCAUGUAUCUGCUGUUUGAUUUAUGAUGAGUGCAAUUUUGAUAUGAAUAUUAAUGAUGUGUUGUUUAUGAAGGAUUGAAUUGCUACGUAUGAAUUUCUUUAGUUGAUACGCUACGAUAAAUACUUUUUUCAAAGGGCAUC